AAGGCUACUGCAGCCACACCGGAGCCACUUUUGGGGUCAUUUUGUACAAUUUUUAGUGUUUGAGUGGCUCAGGUUGUGUGUUUGGGGGGGGGUGGAAAUUGCUGGCUCAGGAUUUAUUUGUUCGGUGCAAGUUUUGCAGGUGCGGGGGUUGGGCAAUGCGAGCUUUCCUGAAGAGCUCGGAGGGGUUUUUCCAGCUGAAAUCCGGCACCACGAGCAUCGGGAGCCACAGAGGGGCCGACAUCGUCCUGCAGUCCGCCGGGGUAGCAGCUCGCCAUGCAGCCCUGGAAUUCUCCGCCUCGGACAAGAGCUUCAUCCUCCGGGACUUCAACUCCCCCCACGGCACCUUCGUCAACAGCUGCCAGGUGCAGAACGCGGCCGUCAGGGUGAGGCCGGGGGACAUCCUGAGCUUCGGCAGCGCGGGAGCCUCCUUCGAGCUGGGGCUGGACGGGGAUGCGCAGUGGCAGCUCCCCCCCGAUUCCCUGGGCAGGGGGGUCCCCAGAGCCCCCGGCCGUGUGCCCCAGCUGCUGCUGCCCAGGCGCCCUGCGAGUGCCCGGGACAGGAGCGCGGCCAGUGCCACCUCUCUGGACACCUCCAGCAGCGCCUCUGCAGCGAGAGCAGUCUCAGCCAGCUUCUCAGGCCAUGGUGCAGGCAGUGUGGGGGGAGCCCCUUCCCUGGGGACUCACAAGGUGGAUCUCCAGGGUGAGAAGCUGCUGGAGAAGGAAAUGGGUCACCUUUUUGGUUUGGAAACAGAGUUAAAGGGGAAGGGUGUGGUGAUAAGAGAGCUGCAGGAGGAGAUCACAGCCAUGACAAAGAACCUGGCCCAGGCAGCAGUGAGGAACGAGGCUGAGCUGACCCAGAAGCUGCUCACCUUCAACCGAGAGCUGGGAGCCCAAACAGAGGAGAUCAGAGCCCUGAGGGAGCAGGUCAGUGACCUGCAGAAAGGCUCAAACCAGGUUUUCAGCCAGUCCCUCCAUGAGAGAGACCUGGAGAUCGGGAGGCUGCGGAGAGAAAGUGAGAAGUUGAAGAGGGACCAGGCUUUGAGUGCAGGUCUGGUGAGCAACAUGCAAAGGGAACUCCUGCAAAAGGAGCAGAAAAUCCAGCAACUCCAGCAAGAGACUGAAAAACUGAGUAAGGAAAACCGAGAGAAGGACGAUCAGCUGGCCAUGGUUUCAGCCAAGUGCUCAAGAAUUAAAGAAGAGGCAAAGCAUGAACUCAGAGAGCAAGAACUGAUCUCCUGCAGAAAUAGCAUCCAGGAGCUGGAGCAGGACCUGGAGGGGCUGCAGAGGGAGAUCUGGAAGCAGGAGAGUGUCCAAAAGCAACUGGCUGAGAAAGCCAAGGCAGAGGAGGAGCUGAAGGCAGCCUGGUCCCAGCAGCUGCAGGAGAUGGGGCACAGGGAGCUCCUGCUGAGAUCUGACGUGCAGAGAGCUGGGGAGCAGCUGGAGUCCUUCAAGAGCCAAGUGAUGCAAGCUUGUUCUCCAUCAGCAGCUGGCAGCACAGGGGGAUCUGUGACAGAGCAGCAGGUGAUAGAGAAGGUCAGGCAGAUCUCUGAUGAGAACCAACAAAGCCAGGAGAGGGAGAAGAGUCUGCAGGAGGAAUUGAGCUCCAGGCUCACAAAGGAGAGGGAGGUGUCUGCAAACAUCGAGGUGUUCCAGAACUCCCUGCAGGAGCUCCAGAUGUGCCUGAGGAGCCCCUGCAGCAGCUCCAGCCUGCAAGGGCAGCUGGGGCAGCUGGAGGUGCUGUGCCUGGAUCCCCCCGUCUCAGCCAUCAGGACAGCAGUGGUGGACAUGGCACGUGGUGUCCUGUCCUGGCUGGAGGGUGCAGAGCAGCUCCUGGACACAGCAGGGAUGGACCUGCACACCUCUGGCAAAGGGCUGUUGGCUGCUCUCGGGAGCUUCUCAGAACGGAGUCAGGAGAUGGCACAGAGGAAUCAGAUGUUGCAGGAGCAAUUAGAGAAGCUCCAGGAGCUGCAGGCAGAGCUGCUGCAGGAGCACACAAAGGAGCUGGAAGCAAAACAUGAGCAAGACUUAGAGAUAAAAAUCCAGCAAAUUAUCCUGGAAAAGGACAAGGAGAGCAGACAGAUUCUGGAGAGUGCUGUCAGCGAGGAGAAGGACAGGUGCAAGAAAUCUGUGGAGGAAGAACAGAAGAAGAUCCAAGAGUUGGAAAGGCAUCUGAGAAGCAUGGCUGAGGCAACAGCAAAGAAGGCAGAGGAGCAGGAACUGACAGAGGGAAAACUGAGAGAAGCUUUGCAUGAGCUGAAGAAAAUCACUGCACAAGAGGCAGUGUUACAGCAGCAGGUGCUUCAGCAGGACCAGCAGCUCAGGGCUGUCCAGGAGGAAAAUGAGCUACAGAGGCACAAACUGCAAGAAGAAGUAGCAGGAUACAGGGAGCAAAGCAAGCAGCAUUCCCUGACCAUCUUGGCUUUAGAGGACAGGCUGCUGGAGGCCACUCAGCAGCAGAAGGUGCUGGAGGAGGAAAAGGCAGCACUUGUGGAAAGAAUGGAAGGAUUUCAGUGUGAAGCCUACAGGUCAGCAUCGGGAGCUUGGCUGGAGAUUUGUCCUGCCAUGGAGUCUCAUGUUUGUGUCAGGAAACUGCAGGAGGAGCUGGCAGUGGCACAGGGCACGCUCCUGGAGAAGAAGGCAAUCAUCUGCAGGCUCACCAGGGAGCUGUCAGAAACCAGAGCCAGGAUGUCAGACAUGAGAGGGGAGCUGAGUGAAGAGCAGAAGGUGGAGCUGGAGCACAGCCAGAGGCAGCUGAAACACCGGGAGUGGGAAGCGAACCAGCUCAGGGAGAAGCUAUCCGAGAUGUCCAGCCUUGUGGAGGAGAAGGAUCAGGCCCUGAAAGCAGCAGCUGAGGAGUUAAGCCGAGCCCCAAGGCGCUGCCUGCUGCUGAGGGAUGCUUCCCAACAAACUCUGGAGAGCCCAGAGCAUGCUCCCAGGACACCGGUGCAGGUGGGUGAAGCCUCCCAGGGGCGAGUCCUCACGGAGUGUGGGUUUGGCAGGAGCACCGGAGGCUUUGUUGGCAUCACGGGAGGUGGCAGCCAGCAGCGUGCCAGGAGCCCGGCUGGCAGCGGGGGCCGGGCACUGACUCAGAGCCAGCUGAUGGGCAAGAGGUCUCUGACAAGUCUCUUAUGCCCCACCAAGUCCAUGGGGAUGCUCCCGGCUUUGCUCUUGUGCCAAGCGCCCAGUGCCUGGCAGCAAGGCUGUGUUCCCAUUGAGCUUCAGACUGGGCAAGAGCCUGUCUUCUUCCAGGAGCCACCAUCAGGCUUGGCUGAGCUUGGUGCCAAAUGCCGAGGCCUGAGGCACGAGGAAACCAUCCAGCACCAAAAAGAAGGUCUGGCCGAGCUCCGGGAGAGAGUGAAGGUGCUGGAGAAGAGGCAGUGCUCAGGUGCUGUGAAGAGCAAUUCAGUGCCACUGGUGGUCCAGAUGAAAGACUCAUCAGAGAAAAUAGUCCAGCAAAGAGGUCUUGAGCUGGAACCUGUGAUGGGAGAAAAACUGAGGGCUGGCAAGGUUCCUAAUGGGGGCUUGUUCGGGAUCACCAACAGCACAGUGGAAAUGGCUGAGUACCUUGAUGUAAUUGGUGCUCUGGGAAGCCCGGUGGAGAUGAAGGAGCUGUCAGGAAUGCAGCCUCUGCAGCACAUUCCUCAGGGGAGAGGGGCAGAAGUGGGACUGCAGAGACAGAACGUCUUGGAGCUGUUGUACAAAAAGAUCAGGAACCUCCAGGUUUGCCUGGAAAGGAAAGAAGAAAGGCUGAGAGAUUAUGAGGGAAGUGUGCAGCAGCUCAGGCAGAGCCAAGCUUCCCUGAGAAGGUGCCAGGAGGAGAUGUCCAGGCUGGAGGAUGAAGCCCACAGGGAGGCAGAGGAGAAGGCUCUGCUGCGAGAGGCUCUGGAGAGGAUGCAGCUCCAGCAGGACCAGGAGAAGGGGCUGCAGCAAGUGGCCAAAGGGCACAAGCCUGGAGCCACAAAGCCUCUCUGCUCGGGCAAGCUGAAGGCCAAGGAGCGUGUGGCAAAUGCUGUCAAAGCAGGAAUCUCAUAGGAGCAGCAGCACAGGGACCUUCACUGGUGCUGGCCUGCAGUGGAACAGGUCAUUGCUGUGCACUCUGUGAGGGUGGAGGUGCUGUCAGCUGUGGGUGCAUUUGGAGGAGCUCCAGUUUAUCCCGUAGCUCCUGGACACACUGGUGUGACCAUAAAAUGUAGGACCUAAUUUUCCCACAGUCCAUGUGCCAGAGUGUAGUGGGAUUUAUAGCAGUGGAGAAGGUGGUGAGGACACAGUCCAGUGUACACGUGUGUGUAUUUGUGUGUGUGAGCACAGCCCAGUGUGUGUGAAGGCACUCGUGGGCGUGUGUCCUGUCCUUGCUGAAAUGGCCUCAUGCACAUGAAGCCAACGUGGAUUGAAAUAUCCCUUGCAACUCCUGUGUCCUCCAGUCUCCAUCGUGUCUUGGGGAAACUGGAACAUAAGGCCUGAUGGAAUUCUGGAAUUCCUGGAGCACCCCAGG